CUGAUAAAACACCCUAUCAGUCACCGCGGAUUGAAUUUGAAGGUCUACGAAUGGCUGCUCUCUCAGCCUUCGAUUAUCUCCUGUCUGGUUCGUCUGACGGACACCAAUGCCAAUUUGCCAAUGAAACCUCAAUCUACUGAUCACCAACGACGAUGUGUCACUAAUCGUCUUUGUUUACAGUAGUAGCAGGCCAUAAUUCCUAGGUUUACUCCUUGGAACCUCAUCGUUUUCAUUAGAUCUUAGGAAAUGUUUCUUCUUUUGAACUGAAAAUCUACCGGCAUCAAAUAAUGGAUCGCCCGACGACCAGAAGAAAGAUUGCGGUAUCAACCCCGACGUACGGCUUCCGAUCACUAGAAAUUCUUCAAAGUAGGGAGCACUAGAAGACAUCAAGGAGCUAUGAAGAAACAUAGUGAGGUCCCCUUUGGAUGGUAGCUGCAUGAAAAUGCACAAACCCAAAACAAAAGGAGUUUUCUCGUGGACCCAAUCAAAUUUAAAGCAACAAGUUGCAGCCAGUCGCAUGACCACCAGAACAGCUUUAACAGCUCAAUCAACCAAGAAGGCUGAGCUUCUCAAGUUGAUAGAAACAGAGAAGGAAGCUGUUCGUGACUGGGACUUGGAUCCAUAUUCUGCGAGCAACAGAAAGGUGCCCAAUGGACCUGACCCUAUUCACAACAGGAGAGCAGGGAAGUUCAGAGAACCACCUGGUCGAGUUUGAGUAGGAGGAUGAACGAGGCUGAAGUUUGGGAUAGUUUCAGUAGAAGAGUACUUGUGACCGAGAAUUUUGAGUGAAUUGGAACUUUUUAACUUACUUGUUUCUGCAAUUCUUGUAGUUGUAUAACUUUUGCUGUCGUUUCCUGGGAAGGAAAAAACCAAAGAACAAAAUUGGUAAAGCAUUCUCUGGGUCCUGCCUGCGCAUCAUAUAGCAGCAGAGUUGGCUAAAACACUAUAAAGAAUUCAUGGGAUCGGAUUCUUGGAAGCUUCUCUUCUCUCGUGCAUGGACUUUUGGAGGUAUCCCACUGGUAUUUGCUUGGUCCCUACUAGGAUUCAGAGAGAGAGAGAGAGGAUUUCAUUCACUUUUUGUAAGGAAGGAAGAGAAAACAGCCACUUGUAUGGAAUGAGAAAAAAAUGGAGACAGCCCAAGAAGAAGAUGUGUUUCUAGUCUGCAUACCUCUAUGCAUGUAAUAUAUAAGAUAUAGAUUAUUAAAAUGAGGAAUUUGCUUCUUUUACUAACUCCUAUUUGAUGUGCUUUUGAGUGGAUGGCUUGUGGUUCCACUCCCGCAGACAAAGCAAUUCCAUCAAUUAAAGCCGCUCUCUUUCCAAUGAUUUCUUUUCUUAAUUU